UUUGCUUUCCUGGAUUUGCAGAUCUGUCGAUCCUUCGCUCUAGGGUUAUCAUUCUUAUGGUUUCUACUACUGCGAUUGCAGUUCCGAUUUGAGAAUCCGCACUUCGUUAUGGACCCUUCAAAGUCUCAGGAGUUUUGUUUACCUUCAUCUCCAAUUUCUGAAGACGACAUGGCUUUCGCGGAUUACGUGUUGACCUUUCAGAAGCAGCAGCGGUCGUCCGAAGAUGAUAGCCCCGAUAGUUCCGAGGGCACUGAGGUGGGACAGACUGCAGUGGAGCCCAUAAUUGAACCGAAAAAACGGCUCCGGCCUUCUCAAACUGAGUGGACGGUUGUUCUUCCUCUUCCUCUUGAUGGCGGUAGUGUAUUACCUGAAGAUGGAUUUACAUGGAGGAAGUAUGGGCAAAAAGAUGUAAUAGGCGAGAUCGCUCCUAGAAGUUAUUACAGGUGUACGCAUAGACAUAACUUAGGAUGUUUCGCUACGAAGGUAGCGCAACCUAAAAAGGAUACAGUAGAGGUGGUGUACAGGGGACAACAUAAUUGUCGAAAUCUGCUUAAGAGGUCGAAGGUGGACGGCACCAAUAGUUCACAAACAUCUUCGCAGCGGUCGUCCAAAGAUGAUAGCCCCGAUCGUUCUGAGGGCACUGAGGUGGGGCAGACAGCAGUGGAGCCCAUAAUUGAACUGAAAAAAGGACUCCGGCCUUCUGAAACUAAGUGGACGGUUGUUCAUCCUCUUCCUCUUGAUGGCAGUAGUGUAUUACCUGAAGAUGGAUUUACAUGGAGGAAAUAUGGGCAAAAAGAUGUACUAGGCGAGAUCGCUCCUAGAAGUUAUUACAAGUGUACGCAUGGACAUACCUUAGGAUGUUUCGCUAAGAAGGUAGCGCAACCUAAAAAGGAUACAGUAGAGGUGGUGUACAGGGGACAACAUAAUUGUGGAAAUCGGCUUAAGAGGUCGAAGGUGGACGACACCAAUAGUUCACAAACAUCUUCUGGUGGGAUUCCCGUCGGUUGGAAUUCAGUCGAUUGUAGCUCUAUGCCCUCCAUUGUGAAUCCGUACACCCCCGACAAGAUGGAGUUCGUGUUCGGCCCAGAGCCUGCAGCAAGUGCAGCGGAUGUCCUGCCUGAUAAUGAAUUCUUGGUACAUCUGGAUCUGGAUCGACGGUUUGAUCAUCUGGAAUGGAAUAAUUUAAGCUUGCCUUUUGCUCCCAAAACUGUUAACCUCUCCGCUGGAAAAAGGGCUAUCACAGCCGGUUUCCCGAGAUCCAAUGAGACCUAUCAAUCGAAUGUGAGGCCUACGGACUGUGAUCAAUCAGCUAGUCUAGCAACUGAUCUGAGGAUUCCUUUACCUGAGGAUUUGAAAGGGUAUUUUUCUCUCUUCCCUUUAGAUUACGAGUUUGAUAAAGAUUCAUUGAUUCAGUUAUGGAUAGCUGAAGGUUUUAUCAUGUAUGAAUCAACAACAUUGAGAAAGGAAGACUUAGGCAGAAAGUAUUUCGAUCGUCUGUUAGGUGAGGGAUUUAUAGUAACUUCUGGAUACUAUCAUAGUUGUGACAAGUUCAAGUACAAAGUGAAUGAGGCUAAGAUUGGGGAACGUUUGAUGUUUGAUGGUAACAAGCUGGAUGAUAUCCCUGCAAGUUCACGUCGUUUGUCACUGCGCUGCAUGGACAUCAAUCAUAGGACAUCUGUGGCUAUCAAAAAAUGUGAGCUUCUAUCGUCGUUGCUUUUAUUUCCACAUCAUGGCUCCUGCAUCAAGCACAUUCCUCGUGAUAUCUUUUUGAGCUUAAAGGGUUUGCUUGUCUUGAAUUUGAGUCAGUUAGACAUACUUGAAAUUCCAAGCUCUAUCGGGGGCAUGAUGUCUCUGCUUUACCUUGAUGUCUCUGAGACUCCAAUCAAAUGGUUGCCCGAAUCAGUUGGUUGCCUUCAAAAGUUGCAGACUCUAAAACUCAGAUGUUGUUUCAACCUUCUUGGAUUACCGAAAGCCACAAAAAAACUAAUAAAUCUGCGGCAUCUUGAUUUAGAUGUGGUCCGCCAAUUGAAUUCAAUGCCUGCAAGUUUGGGAUACUUGAUCAACCUUCAGACCUUGUCAGCAUUUAUUAUUGGUGAAUACGAUGGGUGUCGAAUUGGGGAACUGAAGAAUAUGAGUAACCUUAGUGGAGAGUUUUGCUUGGUAAGGCUGGAAAAUGUGGUCAAUUCGAAAGAGGCUAUUGAAGCAGCAUUGUGGGAGAAAAGGUACAUUCAAAAGUUGGAGUUAAAAUGGAGUGAUUCGUGUUCUGAAACAAUUAAUGAACAAGAGGAAAUUCUUGAACAUCUUCGACCCCAUAAAAAUCUUCAGGAGUUGAAAAUGAAUUUCUAUAGUGGUUCGAAGCUUCCAAGUUGGAUCAGCAGUCCAUCAUAUUUCAACCUUGUCAGUAUCUCCUUCUACAAGUGCAGAAAUUGUCAAUUUCUCCCCUCUAUUGGUACUUUACCUUCGCUCAAGUUUCUUCACAUAAAUGAAAUGAACUGCGUGAAAGAGAUCAGCCGACAGUUUUUCAAAAACAACAACCCAGGUCAUGUGGAUUGUGCAUUUUCAAAACUAGAGAAACUGUCAAUUGAUGUAAUGCUUGGUUUGGAAGAAUGGAAGGAAAUAGAGCUUGGUGAUCUGCCAUGCUUACUUAAACUGACCAUGCAGUGCUGCCCGAAACUUGUUACUCUUCCUUCAUUUUCAGGCCUGGACUCACUCAAGCAUUUGGAAAUAAUUGACUGCCCGAAGCUUCCUUCCUUGCCUGAAGGACUACCAACAUCACUUGAGUUUCUUCUUGUAAAAGAUUGCCCUGUACUUAAGGAACGGUGUAGCUCUGAGAGUGGUGAAGAUUGGCAGAAAGUAUCUCAUGUGCCCCAUGUUUGGAUUGAUCUUGAGGAGAUUUCCUCUCAAAUAUAGAUCGUUACUCAAAGUGCUGAUUGCCGGAUAAGGAAAACAAAAAGAAGCUGCUACUCCAAUAAGGCAAUACUGUAUUGUUAAUGUUUAUUAUAUUUGUAAAUGUAACUUAAAAUAUGCUUUUGUACAGGUCGAUUUGCCUGUUUGAAUUUCAAAUCUUAGAAUGAAUUGCAAUAAGAACUGUAUUGAAGAACUUUCAGGUCAAGGGAAUGGAUUUUAUUUUGUUUUUCUUCAAA